GAUUUAGUGUUGGGACCUUCAGUCUGAACUCUGAGCUCUCGGGACUUUUCUCCUGUGGGAUUCGAUUUACUGGAAUAUUCAUUCAGAGACUGGGAGACCUGACUACCUGCUGGAGUCCUUCCUGCUGAAAGGGAGAUUUCCAAGUGUGGGAGUAAUAUGAGGAAGCCUUUGAAUGGGCUAGAUCCUGGAAUUAGACUGCAGGGCUCCCAUUGUGUUUAGACCCGGGAAGCAGCAUGCAAACAAAUCGGUGAACCGUCGCGGCCUGUCAAACCCCCACCCUCGUAGACACCAGCACCACCGAGCCAGCUUCGGGGGGGAUUCCAGACUCCUCCACUUUGCCUGACAACCUGCGCCAAACACCAUGGAUUUCCUGCUACCCAUAAGAAGUCCAGAUAGGAUGGCUUCCUCCAGCUCUGAGCCUCUUCUGGGCAAUCACAGCAGCUGCACCAGGCACCACUACCAUGGCGUCAAAAGAAAGCUGCGGCCUGGGCGGAUUCUAGGUUUCAUUAUCAGUAUGGUGGCAGUCUGCACAUUCUGUUCAUGGAGUGCCUUGUCGCUGGUCACAACGGUGGCCAAGGAGCUGGAAUCGUCCGCCGAGGGCUCAGCGGAGGCGGCAGUGCCCCAAAGAACUCUUCUGCAGUACCACAACCUCUCCACCACACCAGAAGACACACCGGUGGCCAUGAAAUCAUCAGAUAUGUUAGAGAUGAACCACGGGGACUACCCAACAGACUACUUCAGCGUGGAGGAGAGACGCCAGGGCUAUGUGGUUUUUCAUAUGUUUGGCAUGUUGUACAUGUUCAUAGCCUUAGCCAUCGUCUGUGAUGAGUUCUUUGUUCCUGCGCUCACUGUCAUCACAGAGAAGCUGCAGAUCUCUGAUGAUGUAGCAGGAGCCACAUUCAUGGCAGCAGGUGGCUCAGCCCCAGAGCUCUUCACCUCCGUCAUAGGAGUCUUCGUCUCCCACAGUAACGUUGGUAUCGGUACAAUUGUGGGCUCGGCCGUCUUCAACAUCCUUUUUGUGAUUGGGAUGUGCGCCCUGUUCUCCAAAGAGGUUUUGAACCUCACCUGGUGGCCUCUGUUCAGAGACGUCUCGUUCUAUAUCAUUGGCCUGCUCAUGCUCAUCUAUUUCUUUCUGGAUAAUCAAAUCACACUGAGGGAAAGUAUUAGCCUGCUGAUGUGCUACACCUGCUACGUGACGUUCAUGAAGUUCAAUGCAAAAGUAGAACUUGUCGUCAAAUCCCUCCUGGGCAGCAACCAGGUGGACGAGCUGGAGACUGCACCAAAGGUAAAUGUACCUGGAGAUGAUGAGAACAAGCUGACGGCCAAACCAAGGCUGCAGAGGGAAGGCAGCUGCGCCUCUCUACACAACUCACUGAUGAGAAACAGCAUCUUCCAGCUCAUGAUCCACACUCUCGACCCUCUCAGUGACGAAGGUAUGGCUCGUUUCAAAGAGAAGGCAUCGAUCCUUCACAAAAUGGCCAAGCAGAAAUGUAAAGAAGAAGCUGCCAACGGUGUAGGAGCUGCUCCCCAGGCACAACCUCCAAGAAAUUCUGAUAAAAACAUCCCCAACAGUUCAAACGUUGCAGUGGAAGUCACACCACCCAUGAAUGGUGUUGCGGGAGGAGACGAGGGUGGUGAGGAAGAGGAGGAUGAAGACCAGCCUCUGAGCCUUGCCUGGCCCGACACCACCAGGAAACAGCUCACCUACCUCUUCGUCAUGCCCAUUGUCCUUCCACUGUGGCUCACACUACCCGACGUCAGGAGAGAGACCUCAGAAAAGUUCUUCCCCAUCACUUUCCUCGGCUCCAUUUCUUGGAUUGCUUUCUUCUCCUACCUUAUGGUGUGGUGGGCUCACCAGGUUGGAGAAACAUUCUGGAUCACAGAGGAGAUAAUGGGUCUGACCAUUUUAGCUGCUGGCACUUCAAUCCCUGACCUGAUCACCAGUGUAAUUGUAGCCCGAAAGGGCCUUGGUGACAUGGCUGUGUCCAGCUCUGUGGGCUCCAACAUCUUUGAUAUCACUGUGGGUCUGCCGUUCCCCUGGCUCGUUUACAACAUCCUCAAUGACUUCAAGCCGGUGGAGGUGAGCAGCAAUGGCUUGUUCUGCGCCAUCGUCCUCCUCUUCCUCAUGCUCCUCUUUGUCAUCAUCUCCAUCGCGGCUUGCAAGUGGAGAAUGAGCAAGUUCCUGGGCUUUUUGAUGUUCCUGCUCUACUUCGUAUUCCUCAUUGUCAGCGUCAUGCUGGAGGACAAAGUCAUCAUCUGUCCUGUCACCAUCUGAGAGGGAGCAACGCCCUCUGAGUAUCCCAAAGCAGAAAUUAAGCAGAAAUGCGCUCAUGUGUACCGUGAUUUACUAUAGGAGUGAAAAUAAACAGACACAAACUGUCUUUUAUCAGUCUCACUUACAUACACAGUAGAAAAUGCGCACACACAGUCAAGUGACAGGCGAAAAAAAACACACACACCCAAACACACCCACAGUUGUGGAUGCCAGUUAGGCAGAGGCACUGACCUAAAUCAACGCUUAAAAUUCAGACCGGUGCAUCACAACUGUUCAGCAGUGGCAUUCUACAAGUCUGUAUAUCAAACAUGGACUUAAUGCCACCCAGUAGGAGGGACUCCUCUCUUUUGUACCAUGUGACUACAGUCAGUAGCCACUAUUGGUUGAAACCUAAAGGACAACUUUUGUGAACACCACCUCGAUGGAAAUUUGAAUUGAAGAUCACCAGAGGAUGUUUUUUUUUCUUUUUUUUUCAACUAAAGGACCGAGUGGCAGUAUAAGAAGUACCUCCGCUACUCAUGCAAGCAGCCAAGUUAAGCAUAUAAACUGAACAUGUGGGCUUAAAGAGACUUUAUUUUUGUGUUGUUUUAUGGGGCCGCAAAGCUCUGGAAAGAUGCUGAAUGUCAUGGGGAAAAAACAGAAAGGCCCAAGGCAACACAUACGUGUGAUAGCUGCUUUAUAUACCUUUAGAUUUUAAAUGUGUUCAUUCCACUUCCUGUAUGGCUUUGCUAUGUCACUGAAAGAGAAAUAUCCAGUGUUAAUAACUUGUGUUCAAAUACCGUAUAUUUGAGGACAUAUUUGGCAGAAAUGGUUACUUUACAUCCCAUUCAUGAAUAUCUAUGAUAGGAUACAUAAAUGCUAAAUAGUUACAAUAGCGCAUACACAGAUAGAAUGGACCUGAGAUGUUUUAUCGUGCUCAAAAUAUCCCAACUUUCUUGUUUCAGGUUUUUCAUAUAAGAUUGUGAGCAUGAUUUUUUCUGUCUGUUCUGUCUGCCUUUACAUGCACCACUUUAGAGGGAGAUUACUUUAGUAUCCUGACUAAAACUGGAUAAUUUUGUGCAUAAAAAUGUAAUAAACAAGUCAGUGUCACAUUACCCAGUAGAUGAUGCAGUAGUCCACCACAUGUUGCACUUGUAGUGCAACAUGUGACCCGCACUUGUGCAGUUUCUUCUGUAAUAUUUUGAUGUAAAACAACUCAUGUACUGUAUAACAUGUUGCACCGUUCUGUUCACAUGCUACUUUCUUGUGUUAAGCGUGUGACAUAGAGGCUGAAUUCUUAGGAAAAAAUAUUUUAUGAAGCAUCAAAGAGGCCCAUAAUUUUUUAAAACAAAAACUUGGGCUGCUGCAAAGACACAAUUUGUGACAUUUAUAUAUUUCUAGUUUUCCUCUAAUCCCUCUUUCUUUUAGAUUUAUGGUAAAAUAAUGCUGAGAAAAAAAGCAUGUAACUUCACAUCACUAGGGUCCUGCUGUAUGGAUAAAUUUACCAUAGGUUUCUGCCAUUCAAAUAUGUAUUUUCAUCAACUAAUCUAAUAAAAAAUUUCAGAAGAGGUUUCAAAAAAUAUUGAACAACUACUAAGUAAGACAAUAAAGAAGUGUCGUAACUCAAAAAAUCUGUUUCCACUACCAUUAUUGCAUUUUUUUUCUCCUGGUUUUGCAAAAUUCUAGCUGAUAUAUUUUUUUGUGGGUUUUCUUUUUUUCUUUUAAUGAGAAAGUCAAACUGUCCUUAAAACAGGCAGAAUGAAACAUACCUUCUGAUUUGAGCCAGAUAUAUAUUGGUGACCCAUUAAACAGCCAGUGAUAGUGAUCAUAUACACAUUUUGUCAUUUCCUCAUGUUCCACUAGCUGUCUAUUCUGUGUGUGGGCUAAAAAAAAAUCCAGUGUUCACAACAAACCUCGGCUCUGAAAAUUGGAAACAAAGUGCCCGUGGAUGUAUGAAGAGAAAGGCAGCAGCCCUUUUUACACAGAGACUGCACUAUAGGGCUGCUAUGCAGUUCCUUCUUUACACUGCCUUUGCAUUUUUACACAGAACCAAACAACUGCAGCAUCAUGCUGCUCCCGUGUGUGAUGUUAAAUAGCAUGUUGGCAUCGUGGAAUCAAAAGAGGUGUGAUGGGUGUGACAUGUAAUGCAGCAGUGCUGACCUCUGUGACACGUAACAUAUGCAUCACCAGACCUUUAUAAACAAUAACAAUGGCAUACCUUGGCAUCAACAAUCAUUUACCGUCUCUGUUUUAUGGCGGCUCUCUGCUCCCGGACCUCAUUGUUUUCCCAAAUUGCCAUUGACAUUGUCGGCCGCUGUUCUUCUUGUUUGAGUUAGCCGCUAACUGCUAUAAGCUACCUUUAAAAUUUCCUGCAGUGGAUCGCAUGCAUAACUCAUGAUCAAAACGUCACACCGGUGCUGCCCAUGAUCCCGUCCUGCCGACUGUCCCAUUUAUACAUACAUCAUAUCAGCGCUGUUACUACCUCUGUUCCUGGCUCAGAGGCGAGACAACUCUGUGCCCCAAAUCUGCGAUUGUUCCAUUUAUAUUGAAUUGUGAGGCGGCACAAUAUUCCUGCCUUGAACAGGCAGUGUAAAAGGGGCUUGUGGAGGCGAGAGGGAGGCUGACAGGAGGGGUGAAUUUGUUUGGGUGACAGUCUUUCUCCAGAACUGCUCACUCCACCUUUUAAUGCCUCACUGUCCCACCAAAUGUGCUAUCACUGGCGUUGAACCAACUGUUGCAUGCUGAAUUGCUUCACUGCCCUCAUACGCACAAUGUGUUUCCUUACGUCACCUGCUUUGUAUAUCAGAUAUAUGAAGCACAACUUAAUGUGAGCAAUAUUUAUAUUUCAUUCUCCCAGCAAUGUCCAACAAGCUCCAUCAGUGUUGGAGAAAUGUUCAAUAAAAGUAUGCAGUCUUAUGCAGUACAAACUCGUAACAACAAAAAACAGUACCUGACCAAACAUUUCUAGAGCUUAUAUUCUAUAUUUUGUUUCCCAAACAUAAUUUUGCAUUUGUGUUUCUUUCAAUUUACCAUUGACAUUUUUUUAGGUCACUGGAUCUGAUAUUCCAGAUUGCAGUAUCAGUUUAAAACUCCCAAAGGGUUAAAAAUCACAUUUUGUGUUACUGUAAACCAAAUCCAUUUUUGUAUUUGUAUGUGGUCAUAAAUUGCAACUUUUUUGUCCAAGUGAAAAUGAAAAGAUUUUAUCCUCUGUAAAAAAUACUUAAAUUAUUCCCUGAAUCUGGCAACGUUAAAAUAUGUUUCAUUGUGUGUUUAUGUGUAUACAAAUUUAUAAACUGUAAUGUCAGACUGUAUAUAAGCUCCUGUGUGUAUUCAUAGUCAGCACGUAGUUUAACCUCGACACAGCUUCUAUCGUCAGGCUCCAGACUUAGACUGUCUGCAUAGUAUGACCUCUAAAUCGUUCUUGCUUUGAUGGAUCAUGUGAAUGUGAGGAAUGUGUGCAUGAAUGAGUGCAUUUAGAAAUAUCUGUAAGAUUUCAUCCUUGACCAGUUUGAAUACCAUGACAAUGGUAAAAUGCUUUUGUAUUACCCUUGUACGUUAUGCAAGUAUGGAAUCAUAUUCAUGUACUACUUGAAAUGUGUAUUAUACUGUAAAAACCAUAUAUCAUUCACCU